CGCUUUUAACUGUACUUUGCUGUCUGAUGAAUCAGUUGCUCUCAAAAUGUCCAUCAAGUAUCUUGGAGUCUUCCUUCUGAUUUUGUUUCCUGGAAUCCUACAUGGAUCUUCCAGCAGCCCCGGACCUUCUGAGACUGUUCCUGUAAUCGUUCCAACCGACAACUGUGGAGAUCCCCCUGUAGUUAAAGAUGGUGUUGUGCAUGUUGGUCUAACGUCUUUGACUUACCAAUGCGUUCAAUAUUACAAACUAGUUGGUCCACAGCAAGUGGUGUGUUACGACAAUGGAGAGUGGUCAGAACGACCCACCUGCAAAGCCAACUUCUGUCAUGUCAACACUGCACUCUAUCCAGAGUUAAUACCUACUGGAAGUUAUUUUUUAAGAGAUGGUGAUGAGAAGAAAUUGAAAUGUGUGCGAGAUCCAAAGUGGUACACUGAUUAUUUUGUUGAUUUCGAGUGCAAUGAUGGAAUACUGACACGUUCCCGCGAAUGUUGUCACAGGUUGUUAUCAUAUACAGGUGGAUGCUAAGGCUGUAUCACUAAGGGAGAGAUACUGGGGCCUUUGGAUUUCCUCUCGACUGACUGGAAACUUUUGAGCGACAACAAAGUUGUGAUGAUGCUGAUACACAAUGUGUUGGAAGUGUCUCAUAUGAAAUUCCUCACAACGUCCUUAAUUUUCCAUUCUGAUUAGUGAUUCAUUUAUUGUUUUAGCAGUAGAACAAACCAAUAAUUUCUGCACUGUUUUGUAACCACAAUUCUUGCUAAGGCUAAAACAUGCAUCACUGACUGGAAACCUUUGAAGUUACAUUUUCAGCUGAAAAUGCAUGUUGCUUAUUAUUUUUGAUCUAUUGUAGAAAAUAAAUAAAUAAAAUGGGGAAAAUUUAAA